UGUCGAGAAGCAACUGAUGGUGAUGAAUUAAGCAAUUCACCAAAAAAAUAUUGGCGAUGAAGGGGUACAUGAGAAAACAAGGAAAAUUUCUCCUCCUACACUCGACAAGAACAUCGAAGGUGUGACCGGCUUCUCCACCUCCAGUUCUUGUGGUGGCCUGCACUGCGCUGGACCUGACUAGUCAAUCUAUGGAAGGUGAAUCUAGUACCACAAUAGUCAACGCCUCUAGCUUCGCUGGACGACAGUGUUCACCUCCAGUGCAGCUUACAUUGCAUAUCACCGGAUAAUGAAACGGAACUACAACGCCUUAAUAAACAAUUAUUUGGUGCAAAUAGGUAAACCACAACAAUGUUACAUUUCUAGUUGCAUUAUGGUGGAGCAUCCAGAGUGUACCCGUACCAACUCAGAUUGUAUCAUCUCUGACCAUAUUUCAGGUUUUUGAUAGCCUAUUUCUAGUUCCUUAACUGUAGAGGAACCAUAGUAGUCUGUUGAUUAUGUUCUUCUAUUCAAUUGUUUGUACUCAUGAUUGUCACGCUUAUUACUUUUGAGCAUGACAUUGUUAGAUGGAUCUCAAGGACAGCCUCUCCAAAUUUAAGCAGCAGCAGGAGAGGUGCCAGUCAUCUUUGGCCAGCAUCGCCGCAAGCCAUGCUUCGACCACAAAACCAAAGCACAGGGCCCCACCGAUUAAUGCUCCAUCUGCUCCAGCAAGGCCUGCACAUCCUAUUAAAUUUUCGAAUGAUACAGAAAGGCUACAACACAUUCAUUCGAUUAGGAAAUCUCCUGCCGGGGCACAGAUCAAGCUUGUCAUUGAACUGCUUUACAAGACAAGACAAGCGUUUAGUGCAGAGCAAAUAAAUGAUGCAACUUAUGUUGAUAUCAGUGGUAAUAAGGCUGUCUUUGACAGUCUGAGGAAUAACCUCAAAGUACACUAUGAUGGGAGGCGUUUUUCGUACAAGUCCAAGCAUGAUUUGAAGGGAAAAGAUCAACUACUUGAUUUGAUAAGGGGUCACCGAGAGGGUCUUGCUAUUGUGGAAGUGAAGGAUGCAUACCCAACUGUACUAGAAGAUUUGCAGGCUUUGAAGGCAGCAGGGGAAGUUUGGCUGUUGUCAAACAUUGAUUCACAGGAGGACAUGGUUUACCCCAAUGAUCCAAAAGCAAAAAUCAAGAUUGAUGAUGACCUGAAGGAGCUGUUUCGGGGGAUUGAGUUGCCACGUGACAUGGUUGAUAUUGAAAAGGAGCUCCAGAAGAACGGCAUGAAGCCGAUGACCGACACCACCAAACGGCGAGCAGCAGCCCAGAUCCACGGUGUGAAACCCAAGGCUAAGCCUAAGAAGAAGCAACGUGGGAUGACUACACGGACCAAGCUCACGAACGCCCAUCUGCCGGAGCUGUUCCAGCAUCUUUAAGCCUUGAUAGUGCCAUGACCAGCAAACAUUUCAUCCUACCUAGCUACCAUUGUAAUUUUAGUAUGAGCUCUGAGACCGUCAUCUGAGAUGUCCCAAUGUAUGUAACUAUGUACCAUAACUUCUCUCGAAACUCUGUUGCUGUAAUAUACCCGUUGUAACCA